UUGCACGAGGCUUGCGACCAAGGAGAAGCCCGCCUGCCUUUCCCUCUCGCUUCGUGCAAAACAAUAACAUAUAUAUUCAUCUCACUCUGAUCCAUGCCUCCUCUCGCUGGCGAACUGUUUCGAUCGACGCACACAAUAUGUCCAUGGAUCCUGUCAUGACCAGCAGCAGCAGGAGGAGGAGAGGAGGCUGCGGCUGCAAGGAGAGCUGCCAUGGCCACUGCCUGCCUCCUCACUCUGCCAAAUGCCUCUGCCUCUACCUGCUGCUCGCGCUGAUCCUCCUCAUCCUCGUCGCCGCCGUGCUGCUCGUCGUGUUCGUCACGAGGCUCAAGAAGCCGACCUUCUACCUGCAGUCCGUCCAGAUGGACAGGUCCUUCAGCCUCCGGCCGUCGUCAUCGUCCAACCGCAGCGGCGAGAACGCGACGUCGUCGUCGUCGUGCUCGGUGGCGUCGCUGCUGUUUGCGGCGCAGAACCCGAACGGGAUCGGGAUAAGGUACAGCGCGGCGGACCUCGGCGUGGCCUACGCGAACGAGUCGGUCGGCGCCAUGGACGUGCCGGUGUUCUACCAGCCGCCGCGGAGCAGCAACGUGACGGUGCUCAUGCACGCCGUGUUCGAGGAGUCCAACGUCAGCCGGCUCGUCGUCAGCGAGCUGUCGGCGCAGAGGAAGCUCGUCGAGAUCAGGAUCGCCGGGAGCAUCGACGCCACCACGCACAUCAUGAACUUCCCUCUGCCAAAGUUUCAUUUUAAGCUCGAUUGCAGGAUAGCAACUAACUACACCGACAUAGUGCUCCGGGAAGGGAUCGAGUCUGCAACUAUACGCAAGGCAAUCCAAGUAUCUGCACUGCCCCACAUCUCACAGAAGUGCUCUAUAAAGCUUGACAUGGGGUCCAGAGGGAAGAGGACAAGGCUUGCAGAUUUAGGAUGCUGAUUUCAUAGAAUUUAACCCUUUUUUUUCGAAGUACUCCCUCCGUGAACGUUCUUAUAUUAUGGGACGGAGCGAGUAGAACGGAUUUAUGUACAUGGCUUUUUUUUUUUGCGAACGUGUACAUGGCUAUUUUAGACUUAGAAGACUAUUCUUUGCGUGGUAUGCUCCCAUGCCAAGCAGUGCAACUGUAAAUGUAUUCUACGGUUGGCAAAUGAUACAUCUAUUUUACUUGAUUGUGCUUCACUGUAAAUGUUGAAAAUGCGUAAGCAAUUGGCUUGAGCUAGUAAAUCUAUGAAGAGCCAAUUACACCAUUGGCGCUAAAACUUGGCGCAAAAAAGUCACUUGCCAGAACUUAUGGCAUACAUUAAAUUGGUGUCAUAACUUAGCUUUGGUGUGCAUAUACGGUGUAAAUCACGUCUGUAUAAGAAUAUGAUGCUGACUAGACAAGCCAGCGUGGCAUGAAAUCCGCUGUCAGCCAUCGAAUGACGGUGGCAGAGCGUGUGGCAUGUUAUUUUGUGAAGAAGAAAAAACUUGGAAUUCUUUUGUCAUGGAAAAGCCCUGCCUUGGCGUGGGGGAUCGUGAGCGUAACCAACGCGGCAGGCGGAGAUCCUAAGUGGUGUGGGCCGGCCCAUUAGAAGGCCAGCGCUCGACCGCUCGACCUAUUUCCGCCCGGUCGCUCGA